CGAGAAAAGAGAGAGAGAGAUGGAGAAAGGGAGAGAAACGAGCCUGGGGGAGCGGGGCCUACACGUUUCACUGUUUCCCUUUUUGUAUUUUCUCGAGAACUCUCUCUCUCCUCGCCCACAGGCGACGCUCCCCUCUCUCUCCUCCCCCUCUUCUCUCUUCCUUCUGCCCCUGUCUCCAGCGGCUUUAAUUUGAAAUUAUACGCGCACUUCGUGUCUUUCUCGCUUAUAUUAUUCCUUUUCUUUCCCCCUUCAUUUAUUACCUCUAUCUAUCUUCCCAUCUACUCUCUAGACGCCCUCGAAUCCCUCCCUCCUCAUCUGGGUUCGGUCGGUUCUUUGAACCGUCGCCCCCGCUUCGUCAAAGUGGAGUUUUUGAAAUCGACCCACCUGAUCUUUCCGCAAUUCCUGUCGUUGUGGAGGUUUGCCGAGGGCAGAGUCGUGGACUUUUUGUGAACUCUGCGGAAUCAGGGUUCGAAUUUUUUCAAGCUGAAGGCAAAUUUCUUUUAUAAUCAGUUUCAUAGGCUAGGAAGUCUCUUUGAGCGAAAUGGCUUCUGCAAAUUCAUUCUUUGAUGAGAUCCGAAACAAACCUGAGGUUAUUGAUCCUCCUCAAAGUGAAGACAAGACAGACAUCGGUGAAAGUGUGAAUGAUCCAACGCAAAAUGCUCUCAAACCUAAUGUAACUGUCUCUAGCAGUGUCCGAGAGCUAUUAGAGUGCCCUGUGUGCUUAAAUGCAAUGUACCCUCCUAUCCAUCAGUGUUCGAAUGGCCACACACUGUGUUCUGGUUGCAAGCCAAGGGUGCACAACAGAUGUCCUACUUGCAGGCACGAACUCGGGAACAUCAGAUGCCUUGCACUGGAGAAGGUGGCUGCCUCUCUUGAACUUCCAUGUAAAUAUCAGAGUUUUGGGUGUGUAGGCAUAUACCCGUACUACAGCAAGCUGAAGCAUGAAUCACAAUGUGCCUUUAGACCCUAUAGUUGCCCCUAUGCCGGAUCAGAAUGCACAGUCAUCGGUGACAUUCCUUGUCUGGUAGCCCAUCUCAAAGAUGAUCACAAAGUUGACAUGCACAAUGGCAGUACCUUUAACCACCGAUACGUCAAAUCAAAUCCACAUGAGGUCGAGAAUGCCACGUGGAUGCUAACGGUUUUUAGUUGCUUUGGUCAGUAUUUUUGCCUGCACUUCGAGGCCUUUCAGCUCGGAAUGGCACCAGUCUACAUAGCAUUCCUGCGGUUUAUGGGUGAUGACAACGAGGCGAAAAACUACAGUUACAGCCUCGAGGUUGGUGGGAACGGGAGAAAGAUGAUCUGGCAAGGUGUGCCUCGGAGCAUAAGGGACAGCCACCGCAAAGUCCGCGAUAGUUUCGAUGGUCUCAUCAUCCAACGCAACAUGGCUCUCUUCUUCUCUGGUGGCGACCGGAAGGAACUGAAGCUUAGGGUGACUGGUAGGAUCUGGAAAGAACAGUGACGGCGGGGUACUUCCGUCUCAUGCUCCUUUAGAUUAUCCUGCUCUUAAAAAUCAGAAUAGUUCGUCCGCGUAGUGAUCACCACGUCUUCUUGGGCAUGUAUUUUUUGGGAAUUUUAGGGGGGGCAAUGUCUCUUUGCUUGAACUAUGCAUCGAAUACAUGAAUGGGAAGACAGCAAAAAUGUCGUAUAUUCCAAGCAGAAGAAUGAGAACGUGUUGUAUUGUCUUCCUUCUCUUACUUUUCGUGUC